GUUAUGGUAGUGAGGAGUCUCUUGUCCAGGGCUUUUCUCCGAUCUAUGGCGACCGCAGCCGAUCGCCCCGCCACAGGAGCUGCCAAGAUCUUGGCAGGUAGCAAGACGAUUUCUCCCGCUGGUUCGUUUAGGGACAAGUUCGUCGCGGCGUUUGACAAGAUCAAGAAAGAGCUACUUGCGGAUUGCGAUGCUUUCCAGUUUACUCGUGAAUCCAGAGAAUGGGUGUCCAAGAUGUUGGACUACAAUGUUCCAGGAGGAAAAUUAAAUCGAGGUCUCUCGGUGAUCGACAGUUUGGUGCUGCUCAAGUCCGAAGACGAGCUCUCCCGGGAUGAAAUCGAGCAAGCGUUUGCUCUUGGAUGGUGUAUUGAAUGGCUGCAAGCUUACUUCCUAGUAAUGGAUGAUAUAAUGGACGAUUCACACACCAGGAGAGGAAAGCCGAGCUGGUUUAAACAGCCUAAUGUGGGUCUUGUUGCUGCAAACGAUGCAUUACUGCUUAGAAACCAUGUACCACGGAUUUUGAGGAAGUAUUUCCAUGGUCAGCUGUACUACUUUGAUCUCCGAGAACUUUUUGACGAGGUGGAAUAUCAAACAGCAUGCGGUCAGAUGCUUGAUCUGAUCACAUCGCCAGCCGGGAAGGUUGAUUUGUCCAAGUACGUCAUGGAAACCUAUCUCAGGAUUGUGAAGUUUAAGACAGCGUUUUAUUCUUUCUAUCUUCCGGUUGCUUGUGCUUUGUAUAUGUCAGGCGAGAGCGACAACUCCAAGUUCGAAUCUGCGAAACAAAUACUACUACAAAUGGGAACCUAUUUUCAAAUUCAGGAUGAUUUCUUAGAUUGUUAUGGACAUCCUGAUGUUAUUGGCAAGGUUGGAACAGAUAUCCAGGACGCAAAGUGUUCUUGGCUCAUUGUUCGAGCUAUUGAACGAGCAGAUGCUAGCCAGAAAACGAGACUAGAGAACAACUAUGGCAAGAAGGACAAUGCCUGUGUCGAGGAGGUGAAGAAAGUGUACAACGACUUGGGCCUUGCAGCAGCUUUCUCGGAGUAUCAACAGACAAGCUAUGGGAGAAUUUUGUCUGCUAUUGAUCGGGAAAAGAGUACUCGCUUACAAGGAGUUCUGUCGUUAUUUCUAGAAAAAAUUUACAAGCGCCAAAGUUAGUAUUGGGCUUCGUGCAAUGCGGAGCACAGAUGAUGAUUUUAGCUGUAAAUAUCCGUUGCUUUUCUCGCGCUAAAUGUGUCCCCAUCAAAGCCAACAAAAGCUGCAGCUAUCUGCUCAUUCGAGGACUUUUAAAUUUUUAUUAUGACACUUUAG